AUGACGACCGAGACGGACGCGCAGCUGUAUGUACCGCUGAAGGUACGGCGCCAGCGCGAGCACGAGCGGCUGCAACAACGUCUUACGGUCCUCCAGCAGCGUCUGCAGCACGAACGCAGUGACUCAGAGAGCGCAAGCGACUCGGACGAGCUCCAGCUUAAGAAACAAAAGACCACAUCGUUAUCGACACUGACAACAUCGACCUCAAGCGAUUCAAAGGCAGCGGAAGCACUGUCUUCUACUGCGUCAAUCGAGGAUCAGCAGCAACAACAACAACGAUCGAGCGUGAUUUUGUUGGAUCAGGCGUUUGCGAUGCGCGAGAACGUGUCACCGCCCAUCAAGCCUUUCGAGUACAUGCGGUUUUCGCGUGCAAUCCUGGACGCGCUCAAGACCAAAAAAAUCCUGCGACCGACGCUUAUUCAAGUGCAAGCCAUGCCGCGCAUUCUCGCAGGACGCGACAUGAUUGGUAUUGCGUUCACUGGAUCAGGUAAAACUGUGACGUUCACGCUGCCUCUGGUGAUGCUGGCGCUCGAAGAGGAGACGAAAAUGCCGGUUGUUGGUCAUGAAGGUCCGUUCGGACUGAUUGCAGGUCCAUCCCACAAACUCAUGAGAUAG